CCUUCGCACUUUUCAACUCGCGUCGACUUUAAGCAGAGAAUUCAGAGCAGAGAGAGAGCGAGAGAGAAUGCAGAUUUUUGUGAAAACCCUAACGGGGAAGACGAUCACUCUCGAGGUUGAGAGCAGCGACACCAUCGACAACGUCAAGUCCAAGAUCCAGGAUAAAGAGGGUAUACCUCCUGAUCAGCAGAGGCUAAUUUUUGCUGGAAAGCAAUUGGAAGAUGGAAGGACCCUGGCUGAUUACAACAUACAGAAAGAGUCAACUCUUCAUCUAGUUUUGAGGCUUAGAGGAGGAACCAUGAUCAAGGUGAAAACUCUUACAGGGAAAGAAAUCGAAAUUGACAUCGAACCCACUGAUAGCAUUGAUAGGAUCAAGGAAAGGGUUGAAGAGAAAGAAGGGAUUCCUCCUGUGCAGCAGAGGCUCAUUUAUGCAGGCAAGCAGCUCGCUGAUGACAAGACUGCCAAGGAAUACAACAUUGAAGGUGGUUCUGUGCUUCAUCUUGUGCUUGCUCUUCGGGGUGGAAGCUAUUAAUAAAAUAACUACCAGUCACAAACUUUCUCAACAAGCGAAAAUUGUCAAUGUCUGAGUGCUCUUGAUAUAAAAUACCCAUGCGACAUAUUUCUUUCUGUUACAUUUUAUGGCUGCCAAUUAUGAACUCACUCGUUUUUUCUUGACUGUCAUUGUGAAAAAAGAUUCAAAGAAGGCUAAGGAUAUCAAAAGUUUCUGACAAUAGAAUUUCGCUCGUCAUUUUCUUGGUGAUUUA